ACUCACAGCUGCGCCAAAAGAAGAAGAAGAAGAAGAAGAAGAAGAAGAAGAAGAAGAAGAAGAAGAAGAGGAGGAAGCCUGAUCAUGCAAACACAGUUAGAAUGGGUACCCAAGUGAAAGAUGUCAUCAUUAAGCCCGAGGCUCCCAGCACGCUGCUGCUGGACAAACACGCAGACUACAUUGCAGCCUACGGCUCCAAAAAGGACGAUUAUGAGUACACGCUGUCAGAGUACCUGAGGAUGAGCGGCAUCUACUGGGGACUGACUGUGAUGGACCUGAUGGGGCAGCUGCCUCGCAUGAACCAGCAGGAGAUUGUUGACUUCAUCAAAUCCUGUCAACACGAGUGUGGAGGCAUCAGUGCCAGCAUCGGACACGACCCCCACCUCCUCUACACCCUCAGCGCCGUCCAGAUCCUUUGCUUGUAUGACAAUGUGGAUGCGCUUGAUGUGGACAAAGUGGUGGAGUACAUUAAGGGGCUGCAGCAGGAAGAUGGCUCAUUUGCAGGGGACAAAUGGGGAGAAAUAGACACAAGAUUUUCCUUCUGUGCGGUUGCUACACUUGCAUUACUGGGAAAGAUUGACUCAAUAAAUGUGGACAAAGCUGUGGAGUUUGUCUUGUCCUGUAUGAACUUUGACGGCGGUUUUGGCUGCAGACCCGGUUCAGAGUCUCACGCUGGUCAGAUAUACUGCUGCUCUGGCUUCCUGUCGCUCACCGGUCAGCUGCACCAGGUGAACGCAGACCUGCUGGGCUGGUGGCUCUGCGAGAGGCAGCUGCCGUCCGGAGGCCUCAAUGGACGCCCGGAGAAGCUUCCAGAUGUGUGCUACUCGUGGUGGGUUUUAGCAUCGCUCAAAAUCAUUGGGAGGAUCCACUGGAUCGACAAGGCCAAGCUGCGUUCAUUUAUACUCGCCUGCCAAGAUGAGGAGACCGGAGGUUUUGCCGACAGGCCGGGCGACAUGGUGGAUCCUUUCCACACUCUGUUCGGAGUUGCGGGUCUCUCCCUCCUCGGAGACGAACAGGUGAAGCCGGUUAAUCCGGUCCUCUGCAUGCCCGAGGAUGUCCUUCAGAGGAUUGACCUGCAGCCUGACAUCCUCAGCUAGCCCUCUGGCGUCGUCGUCGUCGUCAUCAUCACCACCACGUGCACACACACACAUUUUAGAUGCAGGACUUUGUCUCUGCUCACUGAGGCCGUUAAGAGUUGUGUGCCGUAGCUGGAUUCUCUGUCUUCAAACCCUCAGCCGCUCAUUAUGUUCCGUGGGACAUAUUUACAGCACUCAAACAUGAAUGGCCAGAAGACAGAGACCAUUGUCUCUGUUUUUAAUGUGCGUGAAUGACAAAGAAGUAUUCAAUGCAAUUCAAUGGAACAGACGAGCAGAUCCAGUUUGCUCUGGAUUCCUCUUUUUGGGGCGUGAGACACUUGGAUGGUUUGAAGAUGGCACAUUGUUUAUUCUUUUUCAUUUUGAGCUCAUCCUGUUUUGAAAUAGUUCAAACCUACUACAGCUGUGGUAAUUGGUUAGAACUGCAGAUGCACCAAUAGUCUUUUUUAAAAACAAAGUAUUGUUGAUGUUCCUUCGGCUGUCAGUCUAUGCAGAUAAUGUUUAAAUGUUUUUUGCUGGAACUGGUUAUAAAAGGCAGUAUUUUUGUUUGAGUGCAGUCUUGCAAGGUAUCUUUAACGUCUUAUCCACACUCAGCUACACUAUUUAUUUAAAUCCAAGGUACUCGGCUGUAUUUGGUGAUGCAGCUGGGGGUAAAGGAUUUAGAUUCCCUCCCAAACUGAAAUAUUUCCGUAGGUUUUUAACUCUCGAGUGUUUUAACUAUACUAAUUUGGUUAAAAUGUUUUUUCUUUCUGUGUAAUGCCACACACUUGUCUUACUGUUUAUGACAUCAUAAUAUAAGUUAAAUAAAUCAAGUUGAAUAUA